GGCGGGAAGACCGACGGCGUGGGCUGAAGCGUCGGCUGGCGAGGCUUCAUAACACCAUUGUUUACAUUUAUACUUUUUAUCAUUUCCGUUGAACUAGAGAUUAGUUACAAGUUGUUAUUAUACCCAAAGUGAGGUGAAGUAUUGUAGAUUAUCCUGAUGUACAAGAUAUUACCGGCGGGUGAAGGAUAUUGUCGUUAAAAGGUAAAAAUCAACAAGUUGUAGUGUGGAGGAGGAGAGGCCGGGGGCGCCAUCUGGCCAGCCGAGGAAGAACAUCAUCCCUUUAUAAACCUGUCCAAUAAACCUAAGACAAAAGACACCUACAGUCACCAGCGUCUCACCCCUGUAACCUUUAAUGACACAACUCCAUAUUAAAGUGCCUGAGAGGACGUAUUAAUAGAAGAUAAAACCAUAGUGGGUGAGUGAAGGACGCCGUGGCCAGUUUAAAGGUCCUCCUCCACUCAAGGAAGGUCACCUGAGGAAAUGGCUGAGGGUGUAGCAGGAGGUGGUGGAGGAGAACCAGUAGCUCACAGGACCAGAGGAGCCCUUGAGGAGAUACCAAGACCAGCCACCAUCACCCUCCGUCACACACAACUAGGCAACUUGGACAAUGGCCCCACCUGGUCUGCCACCAUCAACCUACCAUCUUCAUAUCUCUCCCCAACACCCUCACCCGAUGAACUUGUCAUCCGGGGGCGAGGCAGGAGAUCGCUGCCCUUAGAAUGGUCUCCCAUCCCAAUAGAGAGCCCCAUUAAACGCACGGAGAAGACCCCAAUCAAGAGGUCUCCGGGGAAAGGCAUGAUCGUCCUCCGUUCAUCUCCGAGAAAACGGCUUCAGUUGAACGACACUCCACCCAGAGACUUGUUGGACCACAGACGGAAGAUGAUGCAGAUGUCGCCCAUAAUGAAGAAGUGUCGCAGCCUCACCGUCUCCCCUGUACAGUCACCUCCAGAAGUGGCCAUAAAGGGGCUCUCACAGAACCAGCUGGUCGAUGUCCUUAACCAUGUCCUCACCCAGCACCCGGAGCUUAAAGGAAGAAGAGUUGAGGAUCACCAGGAGAUGGAAGGAUGGAGUGCAGGACAUACUAGAGACGAGAUCUCAGACAUCUUGCCACAGCCAGACCUGAAGCAGAUGGAGGAGAAACUCAAUCAACAGAAGAAAUGUAUCUUCAAGGCCCUACCCGUCUCCCGGCUCGCCUCUAAGACGGACUCGCCAGCGUACAACAAAGCCGGUCCCCACUUGAUUAACUUUAAGAAGACCAUCAACGAGCAAUGUGGCCAACUGGUGGAGGCAGAGCAGUGGGUGAGUUUGGUGGACUACACUCUCCUGGCCUGGUCGUACGUGAGGGCCACGCCUCUCUGGGACUCUCACCACCACAACAACUGCCGUCGCCUGUGCUUCAAGACCCUCGCUCAGCACUGCCUCCAGGGCCUUACAAAAUUACAGUGGACCCAAGACCAGCUGGAAAACCUCUUAAAGAAGCUGGAACAAUGCUCUUCAGAUCACGAAGAAAUGGACCAGUGUAUACAGCACGUGCAGACUGUCCUUAGCAACCAGCAGUGACCCAGGGGAGAGGUGUUGUCUGUAUUUUACUCUAGGUAUAAGUAGUAGUGCUGGGGGUGAUAUGUGUUCUCUGUUUUACACAAUUUAUUUCUGAAAAGUAGCCAUUAAUUUUUGUACUACGAUUUUGGUGGUUAUUGGAUGUUAAUUCUGGAAAGUGUGUAGUAUAGUAUUUAAUGUUUGUCAAUUUUUCUUUUUUGUGUGUAAAUAAGAUGAGAUUUAUUGUCUUGCUUGGUCUCCAAAACUUACGUACAAGUCAUAGGAGGUUUUGGGGACUCUGAUUUAUCGUAGCUGUGAUUUUUCACCAAAUGCAUUCAAACACGGAAACUGUCUCCAUAUUGGCACCUCAACUUUGCAUGGGUACAAGUUGAGAAGAUAUGUUUUGCUGUUGACUAAGAGAAAAGAGGAGCAUUGUAUCCAUCAUCAUAAUACUAAUGUGAGAAAUUAAUUAAAGAUUUAUUUAUUGUCUUUAAACUGAGGAUCCAUGUAGAAGUGCUAAUGAGUCUUCUCACGUGGGGUAGAUCAGUCAGAAACCUUGUGUUUUAAUCCUUCGCAGGAAUAACCCAAGUCAUGUUUAAAGGGGGGUCAUGUAUGUGAAGAAUAUUGUGUGUAUAUGUGUUGCUAAAUAUCAGUUUGACGCCUGACCUAGUGCGAUACAGUAGGUGGGGAGGUACUGCACUCCACUCCUCUCCUCACAUGGUUAAGCCCCUGGGGUGCAAAAGUUGAUUCGGCACUGAUUUUUAUUAGUUUCCUGGUCCAAUGAUCACAACUGAACACAAAUUUGCUUCCAGGAUCAUUAUCAUGCCAAUUUUUAACUCCUGAAUACUCUUAUAAGUAAUGAAUCCUGAAAUUUUGGGGGAUAUUGAAUAUAUUUGCAUGGUAUAAAAAGUCAAAUUUACCAUAAACAUCAGAGAAAUAUUAGAAACUUUACGUUGUGUUGUAAAUAUGACCUAUUGUUGGCUUUUAGACUCAUCUUAGCUAGAACUUAAAAGAGAACCAUUGGUGUGAGCUGCAUGUUAUUUAUUGUUUAUAUUAUACUGUACAGUAUACUGUACAUGACAUACAGUCUGUAGUUGUGUGAAGGGCUGUCAUGGACCACCACUUGUCACUUGAGCUUCCUCCCACUUAGACAUUUUAUGGCAUUUGUGAGAAGCAGGAAAUAUUACCAUACAGUUUACUUUGUUCUUAACCACCAAUGUGUGGGGUCCCCCUCUCAGCUGAAAAAGAUCGUCUGGCGUUGGCCAAUUAGAAUAUUAAACGUGGUGUCCCCAAAGUGAAGGGGUUGAUUACCAGGUGUAUACAUUAUAUUUGUCUCAGCUGUGUUCAGUGUACAGUACUUCUCUCAACUUCAGAGCAUAUUGUAAGUGUACAGAAAUUAACACAUCAUGUAUCUAGGAGUUAACAGAGUUGGUAAUUGUAUACAUUCAAGUUAACUUAUCUUGAAUAUUUCUAAGAGUUAAUGAAGGUGAUGUUAGUUUGUACUCAAGUUAGUGCAUCUUUAACAUUUCUAGCAGUUAACAGAGAUGAUCCCUCCCCCCCUAGGUACUGACCCUAGUCCUGUACUGUAUGGGAAUUCUCCUCUUAUGGUUCACACUGAGUCUUGUCUUUGCUCUUGUAGAACAGUUCACUCUUAGGACGCAUGUGUGUUCCUGCGACACCACCACCACUCCUACAGGAUUACAGUGUAUUUAAAAAAGAAGAAGUUGUGAGUUGUUAACCAGUGCAGUUAUCCAAUACGCCUGAGCCAGUGUUUAACACUGGAUUACACAGCUCACUAUCUCUGGGUGUAGUGGUGGUAGUUGUAUUAAAUGAACGUGUCUACACCUUAACAUAUUACUAACUCUGGGUGUUCCAGCCAGUAUGGCCGUAUGACCAGCCAUCUUGUAACACGAGAUGAAAGUAAUAUGUCUUCUCAUUGUAUCCAAGCUACUGACCAUCACGGAGGAAAUUACUUAUUAUUUCAUCUGUUUAUUUGCUGUAAUUAUCUUUGACAUAAUUGUACUGUAUAUACACAAAAUUUGUGCCUCAUAAUCUACACUGCCACUUGUGCUUGUCAAUUUCUGAAUGUUUAACAGGGAAGGUAUAUAAUUUUUUAUUUGUUUUAAUUCAGAUUUUUAAUUAAGCCAACAUUGAACUUCUUGAGAAAGUCGAUUAAUUUUUCCCCAUCCUUUUCAGCGGUUGUUGAAGGAAUGGUGUGUUUAACCUGAUGCCGUUUAUUUUAAUUGUCACAAAUAUUAAUUUAUGGGCGUGUUUUUUUCUGUCCUUAUAAUAUAUUAAUGUUUUCUUUUUUAUUUUAGACACUUCUCCAGUAGUACUGUGGAGGUUGUUCUGUGUUGAUGUUCCCCUCACCCUCUCCCCUCUUAACCUGAACCCUAACUUAGCACACACCAUGAAAUGUACAAAUAUAAAGUGUAAAAUUGAAGCUAGUUCAUUAAGAUGUGAAACAUGGUUGACUGGAUGAUUCCAGCCCUCCAACCAAUGUCACUACUUGAGAAACACAGGUGCUCUGCAAAGUUAAUUAUAACAAUGCAACAUAAAAACACAUUUAGAAUCAUCCAAGAAAACUGGAUAGAAACAGUGAAUGGAAAACAUGAUUGAGUCUUCAUUUGAGGUAGAACAGUUGACGACUACAGGGCAUCCCCGACUUACGAACAAUCGCCGAUACAAACAAGGUCAAUUAUUUUAAAAAUCUGACAAAUACAAUGGUUCAUAGCAGUUAUGUACGAGAACUAUUUUGUGCGGCGUAGAAGGCAGGUAGCGCAUGGAGAGUGAUGCGUUGCACCCAGUCAUCCGCCUUGAGGGACCAGGAGCGGCAGUGCGCUUUACCCUCAUCGCCUAAACGUGUGUGAUCGAGUGAAACUCCAGAACCAAAGGGAUUCAUUACAAUAGAAAUGGCAGUUGGUUUCAGGCUUAUUGAAGAAGGAUUGUUUAAAUUUGAACAGCAAGAUCCCAACAUAGCAAGAUUCACCAAGGCUCAUAGAAGUAUUACUGAAUAUCUUUGAUGCUAAAGAGAGAUUUAUGAUGGAAAGAAGAAAGUUUUAGUUCAACCAUCCCAAUAAAGCCUCUGUCACUCAUGCCCAUCUCUACCUGCAAGCCAGUCCCAGGUUUUAAUGCAAGUGUUAAACUUUAAUUUUUACUUUUCUUUGCAGUAUUUUGUCAUUCAAUUUCUUCUUUUCUCUUAAAUUAAAUGUUUCAAGAUAUAUAAAAGGACUUGGGCUAUGAUAUAGUCCACAUAGGGUAUAUGUUCCGAGUUACGUACAUUUCCAACUUGAGGACGACCUCGGGAACGGAACAUGUUCGUAACCCGGGGACCCCCUGUGUGUAGGUCAGUUUUCCAUUUGUCUGAUUCACUGCCUCAGGUACAGUAAGUGUAUCAUGGAGCAGUUAUAACGGUUGAGUGUGUGUUAUAUUUUCAAGUACAAGAUCACAACAAAGUGUAUGUAGUCAGUUGUAGUUAGAUUGUGGUAAUAGUCACUGAUGUAAGUUAUCAUAUACAGUACUGUAUUGUGCUCACUACUGGAGGUGACUUAGAGUUAACAUUACUGGCAAUGAGUCAUCAUAAUGUAAGCAUCAAGUUUGUGGGUCAGAUCCACAUUAAAACAUGGAGACAUUUUAUAUAUUUAUUGAAAUAUAGAUUUUGUUUUCAUAUUUUAAUGUGAAUUUGAGAGGUUUCAAGUUGUUAUUAUUAAUGUAAAGUUUGGUACAAUUUGCAUGGUGAGGUCUUCAUGGAUCCUCACACUGCGGCAAUUCUCGGGUGUCAGACGUGCCUUGUACUGAAGUGUGAUAAAAAAUAAUUUGUGUGCUCAACGUUUUAUCUAGAAUGGAAAUUUUUGUAAUUGCUGUAUUGUACAGGAGCAUCUUUUAGUUUCAGAGCUUUCACAGAAUCUUGAGGCUUUUUGAGAGUUUACUCUUAUUUUUCCAUUUUAUGUCAAGGUCAUUAUUGUGGGUAUUAAAACAGUACCCAGUUUACAAAUAAAAUAUAUGAAAUAA